AUGUCACAACUCACACCGACCCUAAAAUCGUACAACUCCUCGUGUUAUGAGACUGAGGACGCACGACCGUCGGAACGUACCGGGACUUGCCGCGAUGAAGCAUCUUCUCUCACCGGUGGGGAAUCUUUCACCUCGUUAAUCCCUCUAACGUAUUUCAGUAAUUUGUCUUUGAAGCCCUCGGCGAACAGCGUUCGUCGUGUUGUUUUCAUUGGCGAUCGAGGCUCGUCGCGUGUUCGCUUCCGUCGCAAUGAUCGCAUAACAACUGCAUUGCAGCUGGUCCUUCCGUGCUUCGCGACGGCGAUAUGCUUUCGGUUUUUAACUUCAAGGGAGGCCAGGACGGUGGUGUUCAGACCAGGAAUCGUUUGGUACUGGAACGCGAACACGAACGAUUUCGAGAAGCUCGAAGUACUAACGCUGGGCAACACGGCUUUCUGUAGCGUCGACGCGGUGAACGAUCUGCGCGGGAAGACACUACGCGUCGGUCUACAACCCAUAAUUCCGUUCAUCAUGCGAAAUAAGGAUAGGACCGGAGUCACGGGUUUUGUAGGAGACAUGUGGACGAACCUGGAAGAAGCUUUGGGAUUUAAGACGAUUUACCGAAGAGUGAGACGGAAGUACGAGGAGACGCUGGUGAAUGGAGGAGCUCACGCACUGCUCAUCACCUCGGCGAUGUACGCGCACAGCACGUGCCAUUUCGACUACAGCAUACCGUUCACGACCAGCUCAUACGCCUUGUUCGUUCAAUCGGAGGAUAAGAAAGCCUCGGGAACGUGGUACUUCGACACUUUCAGCGGGGACUUGUGGCUAACGACUUUCAUCUUCACCUUGUGCAUCGCGUGUAGCAUCAUGGGAACGUACUACGUAAAGAAACUAAUCUGCGUUAAUUAUACGGAAUUUCACGACGAGCUGUCGUGGCCGCUUUUCAGUCUGCUCUACGUUUUGGGUGGUAUUAGCGGCCAAGGUUUUCAGAAAAUUCCGAGAAGCUGGUCCUUGCGAUUGAUCAUUUUAUCCUGUUUAUUACUGGGACUAUUGUUGUCUUGCGGAUUCAGCACUACUCUUACUUCCGAUCUGACGACCAGACGAAUCUCCGUCCCCAUCGCUAAUCUCGAAGACGUCGCGAUAAAGAGGACUCACACGCUUUGUGUCAGGAACGACAGCAGCGCUUACAUCCACUUUACAGUAGACGAAUCGCUGGAGGGCGAAAUUGAGGACGACUGGAAGGAGCUGGUGAACCACGACUGUCCGGACCUGACCGGCAACACGAAUCCCGCUGCGGAAUUGUGCGACCCGAGUUUCGUUUACCUGGAGGCGCCGAACAUAUUCCGAUCGAAGUUCUACGAGGUUCUGCGUAACUGUAGCUUCGUACAGCUACCCGAGACUUAUUGGAGCCGCAGACUGGCGUUUCUGCACGCCAGGUCGUCGCAAUACCGACACCUCAUUAACAUGUACAUACUACGAAUGCGCACGGCCGGGAUACUGAAUUAUCUCGAGAAAAAAUGGAUGUCAGCGGACAUCUACAGCCAGUCCACUUAUAUUCGACAGAGCACCUUCCGACCGGUGGAAUACGAGCACAUCAAUGUGGUCUUCUGCGGAUUUUUCACCAUGAUCAUUGUCAGCGCGUUUAUCUGCGUUUUGGAGAACGUCUGGUAUAAGCUACGGCUGAAGUACGAAGGGACUGAUCCUGCCCCGGCAUUACCGAGAACACGCGACAACACGAGCGUGAAUUUGAAGAUGCGUCGCCAAGACACGAGAUCAAGGCCAAGAGCCAUCGUAUUAUCGGCCGAAAUAGCGGAGGACUCGGAAUUUCUUCAGAGCGUCGCCGUACGGGUGAAUCGAUGGUAAACGCCGCACUGAUAUCGGCGAUAUUUUCGCGAAUUUCCGCGUGUUUCGAGAAACGAAAGGAUUCAUCAAGAGCUCGUCCUUCAGCUCUCCAAAGAUCACACGUUCCAGCAAGGCCAGCCGGGCAAGUCCAGUCACGCUAAUGUAGCAACGCACGUGUUUCUGUGUUAAUUCCAUUCCAUUGUGGAGAUUUGCACUUUUAUUCGCUAACAAUAAAUCGUAUAUUACGUCGACUAAUACUCUGUGUUUCCAAUCAUUAUCUUACAUAAUCUCUCACGCUCGUCGUUCUUCGAGCGUUCAGCUCGCAAUGGAAUUUCGCCGAAUCUACGAAUACGCGAUGCGAGUCAAUUCACUCGCGUUGCUUCGCGAAUUGAAGCGCAGCCUCCGUUGUCGGGAACGUUAAUCUAGUUAAACACGAGAAUUGCGCGAGAACAAAGGCUCGAUCGAACUCUCGCCGCGUGACGGGACGUAUGAGACGCGGAACAACGCGGAUCGUAUAAUUCUAGGAGUGAGCGUGGAGGAGCUGCUCUGCCUUUUUAAUUUUAAUAAUAAGCAUAGUACACAUAAUAUAUAAUACAGAAAAAUAAUCAUAGCGAACAUUGUCAUUGACACCUUGUGUAUGUGUGUGUGUGUGUGUGUGUGUGUGUGUACGUGUGUGUGUGUGUGUGUGUGUGUGUGUGUGUGUUACACGAAACCAUUAUACACGUGGAGUAACCGGGGAG